AUGGCCCAGCUCCUGGGGCCUCUCCUCCGUGGGGCACUGCUGGGCUUUGUCUGCAUGAGCGGUAAGGAGGCUCCCCAGCUAGCCGUGGAGGUAAAGGUUCCAGCCGAGCCCGUGAGCACGCCGGUGGGCCAGACAACUGAGCUGAGCUGCAGCUACAGCACGUCGGUGGGAGACAGCUUCGCCCUGGAGUGGAGCUUCGUACAGCCUGGGAAGCCCAUUUCUGCAUCCCUUCCUAUCUUGUACUUCACCAAUGGCAACCUGUAUCCAACUGGCUCUAAGGCAAAACGGGCCAGCCUUCUUCAGUUCCCCCCCACAGGAGGGGUAGCCACCCUGAAACUGACCGAUGUCCAGCCCUCAGAUACUGGCACUUACCUCUGCCAAGUUAACAACCCACCAGAUUUCUUCACCAAUGGGUUGGGGCUAAUCAACCUUACUGUGCUGGUGCCUCCCAGCAGUCCCCUGUGCAGUAAGAGUGGUCAAAUUUCUGUGGGAAGCUCAGCUGCCCUGAGGUGCAGCUCUUCCGAGGGAGACCCCAGACCUGUGUACAACUGGGUACGCCUUGGGUCAUAUCCGACACCUUCUCCUGGCAGCAUGGUGCAAGAUGAGGUGUCCGGCCAGCUUAUUCUCACCAAUCUCUCCCUGACCUCCUCUGGCACCUACCGCUGUGUGGCCACCAACCAGAUGGGUAGUGCGUCCUGUGACCUGACCCUCUCUGUGACUGACUCUUCCAAAGGUCGAGUGGCUGGGGCAUUGAUCGGGGUGCUCCUGGGUGUGCUGUUCCUGUCAGUCACUGCAUUCUGCCUGAUAAGAAUCCAGAAAGACAGGAGGAAGAGGCCCAAGGAGACUUAUGGGGGCAGUGACCUUCGGGAGGAUGCCACUGCUCCGGGGAUUUCUGAGCAAACUUCUGCGAGGGCUGACUGUAGCAAUGGACUCCUGGAGAGGCCUCCCUCUGCCAACACUGUGUCAACCACCAAAUCCAAGCUCCCUAUGAUUGUCUGAUUUCU